CAACGUGUUUCUGUUUACCUCCAGUGUGUGAGUGUGUUUCUGCUCAGACACGCGUGGCUGGUUGUACCGCGGGAGAAGGGGGUGUUUUUAUAUUUUUAUGGCUUGAUAUCAUUAAGUUUAAGGCCGAGCCUCGGCUGCAGCACGAGGCCCGAGCCCGGGCCGCCGCCACCUGGCUGAUGCCAUCUGCCAGCAUCCUCUGAGAAAUUUAUCCAAGUAACGUUAACCGCGGUUAGCACGGUGGCUAACUCAGCUAAUUCACUGCUACAGACAGAAGAGAGAUGAUGGACGAGAAGAGGAGUCGAGCCGUCUUGGCCGUGAUGUUUCUCCUCGCCGUGAGUUUUUCUGGCGGCGACGGGGCGGCCGGUUCAGACUGCAGCCCGUCAACCACAGAGACGAACAGCGCGGUGCGUUUACUGUCAGCUGUGCUCGACCCACAGAGAGCCGAGCAGAGCCAGAGGCAACACCUGGAGGCGCUGUUCAACAGAUAUGGAGAAAACGGGACCAUCUCUCUGGCCGGCUUAAAGCGUCUCUUACAGAACGUGGGGCUGGAUCGCAUCAGGACUGUUACUGUGCAGCAUCACGAGCAACCAGGCCAUCACGACCACCAACAUCACCACCACCACGAAGGUGAACACCAUCACCACCACCAUGGUCAUGAGCACAACAACAAACAUCACCAGAAACACGUUCACGGUGAACCCUCUCAGCCCAGAAAGUUUCCAAAGACUCCCGAAGUCUCAAAAGAUCAGGACAGCCGUCACAACCUGCACGACAAGAAGACUGUGGGGGCGGCGGCUCAGGAGGUCGGCACCACGGCGGUGUACAGCGCCCAGCUGGAGGUGAAACCAGGUGAAGCUCAUAAGAGACAAGACGGCAGCCCAGAAAAACCCAGUCCUGCAGGGGAGGAAACCAGCAGGGCGUCUGCCAGACUGGUCACUGAAAGCCAGAUACAGAUGGCUGCAGUCAGCCGGGGGGAUCAUCUUAACCACGACCAUGAUCACGAUCACGACCAUAUUAACCAGGAUCUUCCAAGCAAUCGAAGCGUGGGCAGUGCAGAGUGUCUGAACGCCUCCAGCAUCCUCUUCUCACAUGGGAUGUCUCAGGAGGUGGGCGUGACCCUCGCUGACUUCAGCCUCCUCUGCCCCGCCCUCCUCAACCAGAUUGAUGGCGGAGCGUGCAUCCUGCACGGAGGCGCUGCAGAGCACGGGGAGAAAGACCAUAAACAUGCUCACGCUCACCAUGGUGGCCACAACAACUCGGACCACGACCACGACCACAGCGAGCGCUCUGGUGGAGAGAGUGGCAAAAGCAUCACAACAGCGUGGGUCGGCGGGUUCGUCUCCAUCACGAUCAUCAGCCUGCUCUCCCUGCUCGGCGUCGUCCUCAUCCCGCUCAUGAACAGAGUUUUCUUCAAGUUCCUCCUCAGCUUCCUGGUGGCGCUGGCUGUCGGCACGCUGAGCGGCGACGCCUUCCUUCAUCUCAUCCCCCACGCUCAGGGAGGCCACCACCACCACCACCACGAGGAUUCUGGGAUGAAUGUCUCUGUGGGAGAUCACGUCCAUGAUGAGCGAGAGGAAAACCUGGACGCUGUGUGGAAGGGCCUGACGACUCUGAGCGGAGUCUACUUCAUGUUUCUAAUCGAGCACUUCCUGACGCUGGGCAAAAUGUACAAGGACAAGAAACAAAAGAUCCAGAAGAAGUGGGACCAGAACGACAAAGCAGAUCCAGAGAAGCUGCCCGCUCUGGAGGAGAACGACCAAAAGCCGACUGAAGAUGUGGAGACCAACGGGGCCGGUAUAUUUGGCCACCACUCCAGCAGCUUGCACGGCGGCGGCGUGGCGGAGGAGGAGCAGGUGAUGCUGGCGCCGCAGGUGUCCGUCGUCUCGCCGCAGGGUUACAGCGGAGCGUCGGGGGCCGCCGCCUACACCGCCGAGGACUGCGAGAACAAAUGCCACUCCCACUUCCACGACACGGUGGGCCAGACCGACAGCAUGCACCACCACCACCACGACUACCACCACAUCCUGCACCACCACCACUCCCAGAACCACCACCCUCACAGCCACUCCCACUCCUACUCAGAGCAGCACUUCCAGGAGGCCGGCGUGGCCACGCUCGCCUGGAUGGUCAUCAUGGGAGACGGGCUGCACAACUUCAGCGACGGCCUCGCCAUCGGAGCUGCCUUCACUGAGGGUCUGUCCAGCGGUCUCAGCACGUCUGUGGCUGUUUUCUGCCACGAGCUGCCUCACGAGUUGGGUGACUUUGCGGUUCUCCUGAAGGCCGGUAUGACGGUGCGUCAGGCCAUUCUCUACAACGUGUUGUCGGCCAUGAUGGCCUACUUGGGUAUGGUGACCGGUAUCUUGAUCGGACACUACGCAGAGAACAUCUCCACGUGGAUCUUCGCCCUCACAGCCGGGCUCUUCAUGUAUGUGGCUCUGGUGGACAUGGUGCCCGAGAUGUUGCAUAACGACGCCGGCGACCACGGCUUCAGCCACUGCGGCUUCUUCCUGCUGCAGAACGCCGGCAUCCUGCUGGGCUUCUGCAUAAUGCUGCUGAUCGCCAUUUUUGAGCACAAAAUCCAGCUGGACCUGGGAUACUGAAGGAGAGCUGUUUCACCCUGAGCUCCUCCACGUGUCUCCGUCAGAAGCGUCGUGUGCUUUUAUUUGUUGUUCUACGCAGGUCCAGUCGCCUUGAUUUAGUUGGUAUUUUCACCUGCUGUAGGAAGAAGCAUCAGUUCAAAUGUUAUGUAGGAAGUUGCAGAGCGGUUUCUCUCUGUGUCGACAAACUCGUGACCUCUAAAUGGGAGAUAACGGUCUAAAAAAACCACCACCAGAAGCCUCAUUCCAUCAUUUUUCACGUGUUGGCAGGUCAUAUUGACAAUGAAUCCAAUGAGACGUGAAGGCAGCAGGCCCCCCGACAUCUUUUGCCAUCAUAUUUAAUUCUGGUUUUUUUUAUUUAAUUUGUCUGAUUUUGUCAUUUGUUUAUCUGAUGUGUUUCUGCUGCUGAGUCAAACCAGAUCAGUAUUCCAGUAGAUACCCUAGAGCUCCAUCAGCCCCACCGUUAGUACAACGCCGGACUGGGUAACGAGUUACAUUUAAAGUUUUUAAGGUGAUGUAAAACUGUCUCUUGUUUCCUGUUGGGGUUGGUUGCUUUUUCAACCCGCGUUCCAAAACCCAAAGAUAUUCAGAAAGAAAACCACAAAAUAUCAAUUUUAGAAGCUGGAACCAGUAAAUAAUAAUGAAUUAAUGGUAAUAAUAUAUUUUUAUUCUUGUUACAGAAUCAUUAUCUGUUGCUUUCGGCUCUGUGUGUGUUGGAGUGGCUCCCCCUUGUGUGUGUUGUGGCUUAGUGCAGCAAUGACAGGAUAAAACUAUUCUUUAUCAUUUGUUACAUUUAUAAAAAACUCUGACUCUGCAGAGGCACGUUUGCAUCACUUAAAGAGUUUAUCAAGUUAAAAAAAAAAGCAACGCGAGCCUCGUCUCGUAGCAUCAUGUCACGCUUGAAUCAGGCGGACUUUACAGACUGUGCAGAUCUGGGAGCAAAGCUCUGACGAACCUGACGUGCUUCACAGAGAGCAGAAGGGUGUUCUGACGUGUGCUUUUACCACGCUGCUAGUGUUUGCUGCCUUUAAUAUCAGAAAACCAUGUAAAUGAAGUUCUCCUCUGGCCUCAGAAAGCUCUGAGACGGGAGGACAACCAGAGUGAGGAUAUGAAGCCGCAGUAAAAUCCAGGAGGUGGUUUGGAAAUCGCGGCCUUUUAUUCAGUCUGAUGGUCUUUCUUUAACCACGUUAGGAGCAUCAGCCUCUCUGUGAGGAGGCCUCGGGGAGGGAUCAGAAAUAUAAUGCAAAGUUGCAUUUUGUACGUUGAGCUAAAUCAGCAGGGAGUCCGUCCAUUAAGAGAACCUGAUUGGUGAAGGAGAAUUUCAGUUGAAAAUCAACGCUCGCUGUUGCUUUGAAAGUCUGUUCACGGUUUGUGUUGUCAUGGCAACGAGCUCCUUAAAUUAGACAAAAAGACACAGCUGUGUUUGAGUCUUUACACCUAAACUGGAUAUUAAGUGAUUAUUAAUAAUUAAUUAUCCUUUCAAUGAUGUUAUCACUGAGGAUUAAAUGAAAACUCAGAUCCUCUUUUGUUGUCACCUGAUUUUCUGAACUGUGCGUAUUAAAAACCGCCUCAGUUCACAUUUUGUGUCAAAGUGCAACUGAAAUAGUUUUUGGUGUCGAGCUUUUCCUGUUACAACUUGUGAACGUUUGCAUUUAGGCCGUUUGUUUGUUUGUGAUCAGCUGCAGAGUUCAGAACAGGUCUUAGUUUUGUUUUCUUGUGAGACGUGCACUAAUUUGUGAGGUAGAAAAAUCAACAAGAGAUGUAACAUGUUAGUAAUGUGGAGCCUUAAAAAAAUAAUCGUCUCUCCUGCGAAGGUUUUUGAUGUGUGAUUGAAAGCAAUUAUCAAAAAAACAAAAGUGAACCUGGAUGAGUUUGAAUUUGGCUUCAAGGGGGGGGGGGCGCUCUUUCCAUUUUGGCCUUGCAGUCUAAACACUGGGCAGAUCUGACGUGUGGUCUCUGCUGGGAAGUGAACCCCAAACCCUGACAGGUCUGCACAUGUGGAGCAGAACAGGAUCUGCAUUCCUAUUCAUUUUAAAGAAAUGUUUUGUGUUUUGGAUCAAGGCUAAUUCCAGCACACCAGAGUGUUUUUGUUGUUACGUUUCCUUUUAAUUUUAAGGCUGCCUGUUUAUACAGAUAAGCUUUAAGAGUUUAUAUUGGGGUUUAGAAAGAAAAACACCUGGAGCGGUCUUGACUCUGUUAAAGUUAGUGGUGAUGGUGCAUGUUGGCAGCUGUUUGAUCGAGCAUGUCGAAUUAGGGGUGAAAGUGACGACGACAUCAGUGUGUUUCCUCUUUUAUAUUCAAAGCACCAGAAUGUGUUUGUUAUACGCCAUUUAAACACGCGCUCAGUGAUGUGGUUUCUCUGCCAAAAUUUGAUUUCCACUUUUCCCCAAAUAUCUCCAAAUUAACACUUUCACGCACAACUCGAGGUGACUUAGCAGGCGUGUUAAAGCGAGUAGGGUUUGACUUUCUAUUUCCUGUUUGUCUACAAACGGGUGGAACACUAUCAGUGACUUGUAGAAGAGACGGUCUUAAACUUUAAGCGAUAUCACAUUGCGGCCCUAACCUGGCCCUCAGGAGCCUCACUGACUGGUUGGCCAUGACCUUUGACUUCUCUGUGAAACGUGUACAGGUUUGUAAGAGAAAAACCAAAUGCGUCGUCUGACAAAUGCCAAGAAACUAAAGCAAAUGUUGGCAUCAAAAAGGGGAAACUGUUUGCUGUCGCGUGUGUUUUUAAAUUAUUUUUUUACUUUAUUGUUACAGUUGAAGAGUUAACGUGGCAGCUCAGCACCGAUCGUAUGCAGAGAAAACUUCUGUGUUAAAGUUUGUUAAAAUAUUACUCCAGUUCGGUUUAAAUGUGGACUUUGAUUCCAGUGACGUCUUCAUGAGCUCAGUUUGAACGGUUUUCUUUGUCAAGGUGUUUUUUUUUUAAAAAGCUCUGAUGUUUAGGUCAAAUAAGAAGAAAUUAUUAUUUUCUGGCUUGAACCGCUCAGAAACCCACAAAAAGCAAGUUUCUCACUGUGUAUAUUACAUGUACAAUAUAAUUCAAAAUGUAUAUAUUCAUGUACAAGUUUGUGUUUCAGUUGUCGAGUGUACUUUCAGUCACUGUGCUGUUUGUUGUUACGUCGUAUUCAACACAAACCUAAAGAAUCUCAUUCAGAGAAAUAUUGGUGUGGAAAACGUGUUUUUGUCUAAAAGAAAAGAUAAAGUUUUUGUUCUGUUCAUGAAGGUGGAUUAACUCAUAAAGACGACAUCCACACAGCUCUGCGGUAAAUACUCACGAUUCAAUGAUCUGAAUCCAUCAUCUUUGUUUUGAAAAUGUUUUAAUUGAGUCGCUGAUCUGACUCAUGUCUGAGGUUAUUUGUGGUUGUGUUAAACUAAAGUCGUGUCAACAGGGAUCAUCGGGCUCCAACUGAAAAUAAAAUAAAUCUAAAACAGGAUAACAUCUGUGUCAAAGUGGAGCUGCGGUCAGAAGCGGCGGGUCUCUAACGUUAAGAACGAAAUAAAUUUCAUCCCAAGUUCAUCAACAUUACACAAACUUUUCGUGUUGUUUGUUGUGAUUUAUUCCAACUCUUGUCUGCAAUGUUUUUUCUUAAUUGUUCACAAAAUAUAAUGUUUCUUUUUCAUAGGUAAAACAUAUUUACAACAAAAAGAUGAAAGAAAGAAACCCGAAUUGUUUGAACACAGGACGGCAUGUUGGAGGCGAUUUUUGCAGCACGUAACUGUCAAGUACGGAGACAAUUUUUCUUAUUUCAUCAGAUAUGAAUUGUUGAUUGAAUCAUUCCUCAGUGAGGCUUUAUUUAACAUGAGACCAUCUGAACAACUCCGUCUUAUAUUCAUGACUUCCUCACAGAGGUCAGACGAUGCUGACGUUUAUAAAAAUGUCUUGUUUUUUUGUUGCAGCUUCAAUGAGUUCAAUUUGAAUAUUGAGUGUAUUUUAUACUGAACUGUUUUAUUUUAAAUACAUCCCCAUGAGUUACAUUUGAAAGCAGCUCAAAUCAUCGUUUAGUUAAUUUUGUAGUGUGCUGAGGCAGAUUUCUUAUAUGGCUUUAACAAUGCAUGUUUCUCUAAAUGUGUGUGUAUGUAAACAAGGUAUUUUGUCAUCACCACCAAAACUCUGGUAAAGUUUCAGCAGUUGUAAAUGUUUCAGCCACCCAGCCUCAUUCAGAAGAACACCUUCACCAACAUUGACUCGCUGCUUAAAAUCACAAUUAAUCAUCUUUCUGUGGCCUCAAAAAUGAACGUUGAGUCCAGUCAGCACCUGUAACUGUCUCCAAAAGAAAGCGUUUCACCAAACUGAUAUUUUGCUGCAGUGGUUUAGACGGUGUUUCUGUUAUUUUGUCCACCUCUGUAUUGACUCACUGCACCUUCAGGCAGCUGUGAUGUUGACUCAAUUUGCUCUGUGACAUUCCUGAACACAAAUAAACUCGCUCACCUUCCUUCAACA